AAUAGGAUUGUCCAGCCACUUUGCUCCAAUGUACGGCAGCUCACUGGUGGCGCUGUUCUCAGUGAAGAGCAAGUUAAGCAAAUCCAAUACCAGAAAGAGCUUCAAGCAAUGCAUGAGUUCAUAUUGGCCCAGCAACGUUUAAAGAUGCAGGAGCAACAGUUGAUGGAAUCCAUUGAAGGAGUAAAUUACUCAAAAAAGCCAAGGAAAACCGUCGAUGGCCUAGAGGUUAAAUACGAAUAUGAUUCCGAUGAGGAUUGUGAGGGUGGAACAUGGGAACACAAACUAAGAGCUGCAGAAAUGGAAGCAACUCGGGACUGGGCCGAAAAGUUGACCGAGAUGGGACAAGGAAAACAUCACAUAGGUGACUUCUUGCCUCCCGAUGAAUUAGAACGUUUCAUGGAGACUUACCGUGCUCUAAAGGAGGGUCGUGAACCCGACUACAGCGAGUAUAAGCAGUUCAAACUUACUUGUGAGAACGUUGGAUUCCAAAUGCUUGAGAAAAUGGGCUGGAGAGAGGGUGAGGGCCUCGGUGUCUCCGGCCAGGGCAUUGUAAAUCCGGUUAGCAAGGGUAACGUUCAUGUGGAAGGCGUAGGUCUUGGAGUGGAGAGAUCAUCCAACCUCACUGUUGAAGAUGAUGAAUUUGAAGCUUAUCGAAAGCGAAUGAUGCUAGCCUAUCGGUUUCGUCCUAAUCCACUGAAUAAUCCGCGCCGAGAUUACUACUAG